AUCUUGUUAGACACCUAUGUUUGGGGUCCUUCUCCUUCCAACAUACGCACGUGGGUGCUGGUGGGGUAACGACUCAAGUGUGCAAAACUCUGGGAGUCUGUAUUGGGAGUUACUACUGCUGUUCCCCUAAAAGCCUGGUAUUAAAUCGGUUUCUGGGUCCCCUAACUCCCUGUCAGAAGUGCUUCGUUUCAACCAGCCAUGGAAAGCGAUGAGGGGCUGUUCAUCAACGUCUGCCAGCCUCCUUCAGGUUUGCAGCCCCGCACUCAGCAGAGGACAGCCUCAAAGCCACAGCAUGGCAAGGCUAAAAAGUCUGGGCAAAUAAAAUUUGAAUGCCCCCAGGAAGGGACUCCACUAAAGCGGAAGCCAGCUCCACCUUCGCCCCAAACCAGGAGACUACAGAAGAAAGCUAAAAGUGGCAUCAAAGAAGCAGGGUUGCCAAAGUCCCCUUCAGAGAAGCCUUUAACUGAUGCAAAGGACAGUGACGCCAGCAGCAACAGACCUUUUGUUAAGACUUCCUGCCUCUUCAAAAACAACCCUGAAAUUCCAGACAUUCAGAGAACAUCGGUGAAGCAAGUGCAGGAGAAAGUUUUCACUUCAGACUCCUUUGAUCAGCUGGGCCUCCAUCCCCAUUUGGUUUCAACCCUAAUCUCUGUCUUAAAAAUAUCUAGCAUGACCAGUGUUCAGAAGCAAACUAUUCCCAUACUACUGCAAGGAAAAGAUGCGCUGGUGAGAUCGCAGACAGGUUCUGGUAAAACUCUGGCCUACGGAAUCCCUCUAGUACAGGCCUUGCAAAGAGCAGAGCCGAAAAUACAGCGUAGUGAUGGUCCGUAUGCUCUCGUACUGGUCCCAACCAGGGAGCUAGCCCUGCAGAGCUUUGAAACUGUCCAGAAACUGUUAAAGCCCUUUACCUGGAUUGUUCCUGGCGUGUUGAUGGGAGGAGAGAAGAAAAAGUCUGAGAAAGCCAGAUUACGCAAAGGAAUCAACAUCCUAAUUGCCACUCCUGGGCGCCUGGUGGACCAUAUCAACUCCACCAAAUGCAUUCACUUCCGCCACAUCCAGUGGCUGAUCCUGGAUGAGGCAGACAGGAUCCUGGAUCUGGGUUUUGAGAAGGCAGUCACUGCAAUACUGAAUGCCGUAAAUGCUGACUGUGAAAAGCGGCAAAACGUUCUUUUGUCAGCAACGCUUACAGAAGGAGUCUCGAGGUUAGCUGACAUCAGCUUGCAUGAUCCUGUUUACAUUUCCAUUGCGGAAGGAUCACUGGGGUCAAACACUUCCAAGACAGAAGCGUGUGCUAAGGAGGAUGCCACUGUGUCUCCAGUGAGCCUGGAACAAAGAGGAUUUGCUGUACCGGAAAACCUCCAGCAGAAUGUCGUGGUUGUCCCAAGCAAGCUAAGGCUUGUGACGCUGGCAGCAUUUAUCCUUGGGAAGUUGAAGUUUGAAAAAUGCAACAAGAUUAUUGUCUUCUUCUCCAGCUGUGAGCAGGUGGAGUUUCACCACACCCUCUUCCACAAAGUCUUGGCUGUGGACCUUGAGCAGCCGUGGCUUCCUCCUUCGCCCUUGACGUUCGCACGCUUGCAUGGUGACAUGAAGCAAGAGGAGAGGACGUCUGUCUUCCAGGACUUCAUGCAAUCAAAGACGAGCAUUUUACUCUGCACAGACGUUGCUGCUCGGGGAUUAGACCUGCCACAGGUUACCUGGAUUGUACAGUAUAAUCCUCCAGCUUCGCUUGCCGAAUACGUCCACCGUGUUGGGAGGACAGCUCGGAUUGGCAGUCACGGGAACAGCCUGCUCAUCCUUGCACCUUCAGAGGCAGAAUAUGUCAACUUCUUGGCUUCUUGCAAGAUUAAUGUUUCAGAGAUGAAGAUGGAAUCUGUCCUGUCCAGCUUGAUGAAAGAUGACCGUUUCAAGGGCAGCCAGAGGGGAAAUAAGAAGUUCCACAGCGACGACCCCCAGGAAGUACGACGCAGAGCCACCAUCUUGCAGACUGAAUUCGAGAAUUACGUCCACUCUAAUGCAGAAACUGUUCAGCGGGCCAAAAAAGCUCUGCAGUCUUUCAUUCGGUCGUAUGCAACCUACCCAGCCAGCCUCAAGCACAUCUUCCACGUCAAGUCUCUCCAUCUGGGCCAUGUGGCAAAGAGCUUUGGGCUCCGGGAUGCCCCUAAGAAUCUCAGUGCCACCUCUGCCUUCCCAAAGCAAGCAAAGAGCCAGAAGCAGAAAAGACGUGAGUUUCUUCUCAAGAAAACUCGGGGCAAGCGCCGUCUGGCCGAAAUCUUGCAGUCUGAAUACUCGAGUGGCUUGGACAUGGUUGCAUCUAAGGUCAAGAAGAAGAAAAAGCUGGCCAGCCUGGGAACUGAAAGAUGAGCCAGAAAUUCUCAGCCUCUCCCAAGAUAGCUGAGACUCACAGUAGCUGCAAUCUGGGAGUAUCACCAAAAAUUGAGGUGCUUCUUCCCCCACAACCCCUUUUGCAAAGUCUGCUACAGGGAAAUGGAAAGCAAAAUUCAGAACAGCAUUGUCCAGUGUGAAAUUUAAGGUGUGCUGGUUGUAACAACUUUUAACCAAAACUUUCUUUUUUGGGGGGUGGGGUUAUGAAUGCAGAGUAGAGCCUGCAACCCCUGAAACAGUGGCAAUGGUGAAAGCAGUAGCCCUCCUAAUUAUAUUCAUUGUAUUUUUUU